CCGGUCGUGGUCACGGAGGAAGGGAAGGAUGCCGUACGAGCGUCUGCUGCCGCCGCCGCCACCGCCGCCGCCGCUGCCGUACGGCAACCGCCGAUGUACAUCGACCUUCUAGACGAUGACAGCGAGCAACAACCCACGGCGGCGACGCUGCUACCGUUGUCGUCAGGGUUGCUUCCGACCGGGUCUGUCGUCGUUAAGGCCGCCGCCACUGCCGCCAACGCCGCCUCCUUGCCCGCUACGGCCGCCGGCAGUCUACGUCGGCUAGCCUCCGCCAACCUCGCCGCCUCCGCCGCCGCCGCCGCCGCUGCUGCUGCUGCCGCUACUAUCUCGACACCUUCACCCACUCCUGCACUCCUUCCGCACCCCGCGACUAACAGUAACCGACUCAUAACGACCACGGCUUCUCCCGCCAACGGCCUAACGUCACCAUCACCGUCGUCGCCGCCUUCCGCAGCUGCGGUUGCAGCAGCGGCGCAACCGAAGCCAAAGCCCUCUCCAUCCUCAUCCUCGUACGGGCUAGAUCCAGAUCCUCCCAACCUCCUCCCGGGCGGAACCCUAGUCGUCUGUCCAACUUCCGUACUGCACCAAUGGGCCCGUGAAAUCCGUGACAAGGUCUCCCCUGCCGUAGGACUUGUCGUACAUGUAUACCACGGCAAAGAUCGCGUCAGUACGGCACGACAGUUGGCGGAGAUGGGUGUCGUACUCACAACGUACGGCACCCUGGCUCAGGAGGCUCCCAGCGCGGAGAAACAGGCGGUGCGUUUGUCGCGGCAGGGCACCAGCAACGCGCCCAUAAACCUUGCGGCGGACGAUGACAGCGGCGGAGAGGAGGGGCAGGUGCCGUACGGCGGCGGGAAGGAGAAGGGCGGGGCUGGUGGUAAGGCCGUGGCGGCGGGGUUGGCGGGGUCUGCACUUGCCUUCCCGCGAGGUGGUGGUGGAGGAGGAGGCAAGGGCGGCUCAGCCGCAGCCGGGGCAGCUGGGGGCGGUCCGCUGUACCAGAUCAAGUGGAAGCGUGUGGUCCUGGACGAGGCCCAGUCCAUUAAGAACCCGCGCACCCUGGCUGCGCGGGCCGCCUGGCGCCUGGCCGCACACUGCCGCUGGUGCCUCAGCGGCACACCCAUUCAGAACUCCGUGGAUGACCUGUACUCCUACUUCAGGUUCCUGCGCUACACGCCCUACUGUGAGGCGCGCUCUUUCAAGCAGCUUAUCAAGGGCAAGAUUGCGGAGCGACCCGAGAUUGGAUUCAAAUUCCUGCAGGCCGUACUGCAGGCCGUGCUGCUGCGUCGCACCAAGCAGACCACCCUGCAGGGCGAGCCCAUCAUCCGCCUGCCGCCCCGCCAGCAGCAGUUGCUGAGGGAGCAGUUCUCCGCCGGGGAGGCGGCAGUGUAUAAUCAGGUCCAGUCCGACUCGCUUCGCUCCCUGGCUGCCGUACGCGAGGGUGGCGGCAGCUCCGGCCGCCAAUUCGUCAACAUGCUCCACUCGCUGCUGCGGCUGCGGCAGGCGUGCAACCACCCUUGGCUGCUGCGGGGCGGCAGGAGCGUGUGGUUCCGGAGCGGUACCGCCAGUGCUGCUGAGGUGGAGGCAGCCCGGCGCCUGAGUCCUGAGACCCGUGCCGCCCUGCUGGCGUCCCUGGUGACCCGUGGGUCACCUGGUGGCGGCGCAGUGGGCCCUGCUGCUCCCCCUGCUGCUGCUGCUGCUGCUGCUGCUGCUGGCACCGGCGCCGGCAUCAACCCCAGCUUGGGAACACCGCUGGGGCAGCUGCCCCACGAGCAACACGAAGGACAACAACAACAGCUAGGUUCGCAACCCCAGCAACAACCCCAGCAGCAGCAGCAGCCGUUGCUGCUGCCCAGCCCCUGCCCCUGCUGUGGCGACAUAGCCGAGGACCCCGUCGCCUCCACCUGCGGCCACGUCUUCUGCGCGCAAUGUCUUGCAGCGCAGCGGGAGGGAACCGCAGUAGAGGGGGAGCUGCUGUGUCCCGCAUGCAGCCGACUGCUGAGGCCCGGGGACCUACAUAGCGCGGCGGCGCUAGCAGCAGCGGACCCCGCCGCGGCGGCAGCCGCGGGGAUCGGCGGCGGCGGCGGGGGCAGCGGCGGCGGUAAAGGCGGCGGUAACAGCGCGAGUGAUGAACCAUGGGUCAGUAGCGCCAAAGUGGACCGGCUCAUGGCGCUACUAGAGGGCAUACGCGCGAAGAAUGCGGCGGCGGCGAAGGCGGCGGCGGCUGGCGCCGCCGCCGCCGCUGCCGCCGCAAACCCCCUCGCCGUCAAGUCCAAGUCUGACAAACGCAUGGCUGGAGCGCUGAGAAAGCUGCCGCCUCUGACGUCAGCACCGGCGGCGGCUGCCGGCGGCGGCGGCGGUGGCUCCGCUGCCGUACACCAACCGCCGCCUGACAAAGUGAUUGUGUUCAGUCAGUGGACGGGUAUGUUGGAUUUGUUGGAGAUACCGCUCAAGCGGGCCAAGCUGGCUUUCCGCAGGCUGGACGGCACAAUGAGUGUGGCUCACAGGGAGCGGGCGAUUUCGGACUUCGAGCGGCGGCCGGAUGUGUUGGUGCUUCUGCUCUCCCUCAAGGCCGCCGCCCUGGGAGUCAACCUCACCGCCGCCAACCACGUGGUGCUUCUGGACCUGUGGUGGAACCCCACCACGGAGGAGCAGGCCAUCGACCGGGCGCACAGGAUAGGCCAGACCCGGCCCGUUCAGGUCACCCGCAUCACCAUCUCUGGCAGUGUGGAAGAGCGCAUCCUGGCGCUGCAGGCAGCCAAACGGCAGCUGGUGGCGGCGGCGCUGAGCGG